AUAUGCAUAGACAUAAUGUCAAAGUCUCACAUAAAAACCUCUCGAGUAAAUCUCUAUCUGGCAAUCAAAGACUCACAAGAAAGAAUGCAACAAGAUCUCACAUCUUAUGACUGCUCCACGGUACUGGAUUCGAUCCGCCGACAUCUGCUGGAAGAUGACUCAGAGAGCCUCUCUUCUUUCUCCUGUAGCAGCUCACCAGAUCUGGAACCAACCAGUAGAAGAGGAGGCAACUUCAAAGGAGUGAGGAGAAGGCCUUGGGGGAAAUACGCCGCAGAGAUCAGAGACCCCAACAAACAUGGAGCCAGGAUAUGGCUCGGCACUUACGAGACGGCCGAGGAAGCAGCUGCGGCCUAUGACCGAGCCGCUUUCAAGUUGAGAGGGGCCAAGGCUAAACUCAACUUCCCUCACCUCAUCGGCAUUGAUGGCCCUGAACCGUCACGGAUCACCAAGCGCCGCCUGAGUUCACCAGUCUCAUGUUCACCAGUGGCUAGAAGACGCAACACUGACAUUAUAAACCUGACGGCUAGAGUUCCAUGCCUUGCUUUUCGUUAUUUUUACAAUAUUGACUCUACCAACUAGUGUUGAUUUACUGAGUUCUAGGUUACAACAUCGGUUCGAUGAAAUGCAUAAACUUUUUAUGAAUCAAUCAAAUGCAAACAACUUUUGCUUA